GUUUUACAGACCGAAACCGAAGAACAGACACCCAAUUAUAGAUAGAAGACGAUAACCAUAUUCAUAACAUCAAUUACCCCGACGUCUCCGUUAGAUCCAUCGUUUAUACCAUCUAUGACGCCCUUAAGGCAGUCUGCGCUGAACUUUGUGCGAGAUUAGUUGUAUUGUAUUGUAUUGUAUUGUCAGAAAAACCUACAAUAUUGAGGUUAAUAUCGACUUACUCUUACAUCUUCCACAAAAGCACCACGACUAUUAUCCCGAGAAUCCCCAAGAACAGGGACAAGAAACUUCCCUACAAGUACUCGAGUAAAGAAGCAGCAUGCCAGAGGCUGAAGAGCCGCCGAUGUCGGUGUCCCCACCGGGGUCACCAUUAGCCGGCGUGGUUGAUAAGCGACCGCAUCUAGGGCAUUCAGGAAUAAUGGGAAGAGUCGGAACUUUCUCACCGAAAUCCGUCAAUGGAGUCCCAACAAAAGAUGACUCACCAAAGAGACCAAAAACAUCAGGUAACAGCGUAAAAAUGAUGUUGCUUCUUUCGUGACUGGACAUUAUCAAGCAGAUGCAGAUCUUUGUAUAACAAACUAUAACUUGAUCUCUCAUGAUGAUCUUUCAGCACUAGUUUGUUAUUCAUCGUGGUUCCAUUCAAUAUCACAGAUCCAUCCAUUAUUUUCGAUUCAGGCUCGGCACACGGCUCAGAAGGCAGCCAGAGAAGAGGGAUGACGGAGAAGAGGUUACAAAAACUCUUGUAUCUGAAACAAAGGGAGGAGAUGAAGGAUGCGCUGAUACACCAGGUGCAGUAUUUCAGCUUUUUUGCUAGAAGUAUUUCUUUGCAUGUAAGUAUUUCUAUCGUCGGCUAUCCGAUUGACAGUUCAUCUUGAUCAAGCAUGUUAUUUACAGUUCGUUGAGGACAAGUGAUUUUUUUACGAUAAAGUGAUCUCUUGUUUUGAGUUUGAUGUCGAAGUCUCCUUACCAGACAUCAAAAUCGUGACCCACAACACGUCGAACACACACGACAGGUGAAAAUGAAGUACUUCGAGACACAUCCAGAGGCGCGAGCCAAAGUCAAGAGAAAGAACAUCGACGGCAUCAUAACAGGAAAGGUGGAGGAGUUCCAAGCUCAAAACGCAAAGCUGAGUAAAGAGAAUCUAGAGAGGCUACUAAAGCGAGUAGACAACGAGACGAAGACAGAAGAUGACAAAAAGAGCCACAUGUCUGAGUACUCCUCUUAUCUUGGUUGCUUGGAACAGUAGCGUACGAUAGGAUAAUAUCACAUCAACAAGUUGAAGAAUUCGACAAGAACAAGAUGUAGAUCAUUGAGGUUGAAAACCGAGGAAAGUUUUUUUCCUAUUCUUCGUGUCUUUCUUGUCAAACAACAUCGUCAUUAUUUGUUUCGCUUUCGUGACACCUUCACACUCACUAAUUACAUUAUUUUCCGUGAUUAUCAAUUCCAGGUACUCAAAUUUGUCGCAACUAUCGCACGCGUCGCAGGCGGAAUCAGUGCGAGCGCAUGUGGAGAGACUGAAUGCCGCGCGAGGUGGCGCAGAAACUAGUUCUCCUCCUGAGGAUAGCUAUGAAGCUGAGGCCACCGGUGAGGGCAUUCCACUGACUAUAGAGGACCUGAUGGGCUUCAACUGGGUCAGGCUAGAAGAAUACAAAGAUAGAAUAGCAAAAGACGAAGACGCGGUGAAGGCUGUCGCAAAGGAGGAGACAAAAGUAUUUUCGUAUUGACUACAAGAAGAAGAACAAAAUGACGAUUAUAUUCUCGUAAAAUUAAAAAUGGAAAUAUUUUCGUUGCUGUACGUAGUUCUAGUUGUAGUUUACUUUAUCGAGCUCUUUUCGUUGCGGUAGCAGCUAGAAGUUGGAAACAAAAUCUCGCCUGACCCUGAUGUUGAACUCCAACAUCACCACAAUUAUUCUACCACGACAACCUCAGCGCAACUACACGAAAUAUUUGGAUACGCAAGUGAAAGUGCGAACAGAACGUAAAGCAGCCGAGAAGGACGAAGACGAGAUGUGGAGAUAUGUCAUCGAGGAAGACAACGAACGCGUUGCGAAGGAAGAUGCGGAGAAACUGAAGAAGCUAGUAGCAAUGGGCGAACGACAAAAGAGAGAGCGAGACGAGGCCGUGGCUUUGAAGCAUGCUCGCAUCGAAGUAGAGCAAGAGCAAGUGAGGCAAGAGGAUGUCAGGCUACUCGCGAAAGUUCAACGAGAAAUCGAGGCAGCAAUCAAGAAGGAAGAAAAAGAGAAAGUCGAGAAGAAAGCAGUUUUCUUGAAGGUCUGACUAUUGCUUAGAUAUACUUUUUCCAGGCCUAGGGCUUUCCAUUCAGACAUUGCUAGUACCCCCUUUUCUCACAUGAAGCAACACAUAUUAUAGUUUUUUCAUCUAAAACAAAAACUAGUAAAUGUUGGCCGCCGUUGAAAUUUCUUUCAGGUAAAAAAUGAUAUAGAUGCAGCGAAAAGGCAUAAAGAAGCAGAGGAGGCCGCAGCAAAAGCGGAAGAAAUGCGACGGGCGCGCGCGUACACGAAAUUACUGCAGCAGCAAGAGGAGGAGAAAAAGCAGUUGCUCGCAGCAAGAAACGCUAGACAAAAGGUUGAUACUUUCAUACAUUGAUAGAUACCGACAUUGCUGUUGUUCUGUACCACUUGGAGUAUGUUCAGCGUGGUAUGUAUGAUCUUGUUCUCUUUCAUUUCUAUGUAUUUCCUAAUUUUGGGAAACCUGGAACUGCGCGUGCGCACCUCGCUCGCCCAGUACCCUCAUUUUUUGACGACAGUCAAGUGGACUUCGUUUUUUCGAUCAAAAGUGGUACCGUCUUAAUUUCUUCAGGAAUUGAUGGAGAAAAUGAAGCAGACAGUGGCAAAAGCGGCCGCUGAUCGUGGCGCGGAGGACGAGCGAAGGGCGAAUGCGCAACGGAAAGAGAAGGAGGACUUGAUGACUGAACUAGAGGCGAACAAGGUUGAAAAACUCAAGAAAAUGCGAGAGGAUACGAGGGAUUACGUCCUGCUGCAGAUGGCCGAAAAGAACGCGAAAAAAAUUAAGCAUCUUGAGGUAUAAUCAACUUCAACACGACAUAAUCUACUUCAUAAAAAGCUGCAGCAGCUGUAGUUUCUGUUUCAACAAUAUACGAAGUUGAUGAGCAAAAUCUUUCCUGCUUCGGGUGAAACGACUACGACACGUGCAACAUCAUCCUUUAGUAGAGGACACUGAUGCUCUUUCAUCUACAACAAUUCUUGAUCCGUUCUAAGUACAUUUUGUUCCCUGAAAAAGUCGUUGGCAUGUUCAACAUAAUAUUUUCUUCUGUCUUUCAUUUUCUUUAGGUAAAAGCUGCCCAGGGUGGUAUUCUGCUUGAGGAUGCAGAGGCAUUUUACGCGGAUAAAGAAGCGGAGAAAGAGAAAAAGGUUCAAAAGGGGCAGGCCUAUGUGAAGGAGUUGCGCAAUCAAAUUCAGCAACGCGCAGCGCGCAAAGUCACGAAUAUGACAAUGGAGGAAGUCAAGCUGAAUAAGUCGCUCAUCGACCAGGUGAUCGACGAUGAGCUGAAGCGCGGCAUUCUCAAACUGUCGUAA